AUGGACACUCAUGUAGCAAGGGGUGAAACUUUAAGCCUUGAAAUGUAUCAAAAGACUGAAAAAGAAAAGGAAGACAUGUCUCGAGUUCCUUAUUCUAGUGUUGUCGGGAGUUUGAUGUAUGCUAUGAGGUGUACUCGCCUUGACAUUUGUUAUGUUGUGAGUCUAGUUAGCAGGUAUCAAUCCAAUCCUGGAAGAGAUCAUUGGAAAGCAGUAAAGAGAAUAUUUUGUUACUUGAAGGGAACUGCAGAUCAUACACUUUGUUAUAGUGGAUCUGAUUUGUUCAUAAGAGGUUAUACAGAUAUUGAUUGGGUUGGUGACCGGAAUGAUAGAAAAUCAACAUCCGGCUAUGCAUUCUUACUAAAUGGUGGUGUUAUUUCAUGUAAAAGUAAGAAGCAAACUUGCACAGCUGUUUCAACCAUGGAAUCUGAAUUUGUGGCUUGUGCGUCUGUAGUACAAGAAGUUGUUUGGUUAAAGAUAUUCUUUGAGCAUUUGAAUUUUAUCAUGCCUCCUCAUAGAUUUUACGCAUGGAAUCCUAAUGCACGCAACGCUAAUGCAGUUCAUGUAGUCCCAAACCAUGAAGUUACGAAUGUAGAGUUUCAGAAUGUGACUCUUGGCUCAGAGUAUAGGCAACCAGAACAAUCAGUAGGUCCAGUUCCUACUAACACUAUUGUUGGAUCAUUCUAG